AUGAACACUUGUUUGAACAACAACAAAUUAGCCUUGUCACUUUGGGUUAUUUACCACGUCAAGAAGGCUCAAGAAAUUGUUUCCAUUUGGGCUAGAGAAGCUAAGAAGGCAGCACCAAAUAGAAAAUUAUGCUAUUACUACUUGGCCAAUGAUGUUAUUCAAAAUUCGAGAAAAAAGACCAAUGCUUUUGUUGAACAAUUUCAAGCAGUGCUACCAGGAUCACUCCGAGAUAACAUCUCACUCAUGACAGAGAAGGAUCGUAAGUCCUUGCAACGUAUUUUCAGUAUUUUGGAGGAGAGAAAGAUUUUCACAGCUGAUUUUUCGAGUGAGUGCAAGAGUGUUAUUGAUGGAUCGCUUGGAGGUUCAUCAUCUAAUACUUCCUCUGAUAAUUCUCGUAGUAGUGGUAGUGGUAAAGAAAGAUCAUCCGAGUCAAAUCCUCUUAAGAGAGAAAGACCAAGCAGUAGUAAUACUUCGUCAUCUUCCAAUGAUGCCUUGACAUUACUUGCCAACACAAAUUCUGUUGUUAAAAGUCUUGUACAAUUCAAUGAAAUUGUUCAAGCUAAUCGUGUCGAUCAAAAAAAUUUCACAGAUAAUGAUAAACUUGUUCAAGAAUGUAAACAACGAGUAUUGGAUAGACAUGAAUUGAGAGAAGAUCAAUUGGCUCAUUCAACACCUUUCACAUUAAAACAAUUACAAGGUGAUGUUGAAGGAGUGCUCACAAAAUGCUCUGAUUAUAAAUUUGCGCUUGCAAAGGAAAAUAACAAACGAAAGGAAUAUAUGACAGCACUAGAACAAGAAUUGAACGAACAGAGAAACUUGUUUAAUCAGUAUAAUGACUUGAUUAAAGAAUGGAAUGAUAAUUACCUUGUCGAUUUGCAAAAAAUCUCAACCUCUCUCGAAAUUCAUCUCAAUAGCAAACAAUUCAAUGGUAAUGAUGACGAUGUAUUGACGGGAGGUAAUCAAGAUGAUGGCGAUAUUGUUGUUCCAACUUAUUCUGAUGACUUUUUCAAAGUGGAUGAAGAUGAGGUAGAGCCAUCAAAUAAAAAGUUGAAAACAGAACCAAGUUAUGACGAAGAUAAUGAAGAUUUAUUCACUGAAACUAAGCCUAUUUCUACAACCAAUACACUCAAUUUGGUUAACUCUAUAUUGAGUGCAUUAGGAAACAAGAAUACCAGUGGUUCUCACCAACCAUCAGAGGAGUAUGAACCUAAUGAAUAUCCACCAUUCGAUUAA